AUGGUCGCCGCGGCAGCAGACGCCUCUACGGACGAUGUGGGUCAUGUGGUAGACCUACGUCAUGUGGAGGAGGAGGCAGUCAGAGAUGAGGAAUAUCGGCUCCUCCAUGAGUGCAUGGCCAAUGAUGGUUGGGGUGAGCGGAAGGACGCCGAGCCGGCCGCGCUACGCCCGUACUUCAGAAUGCGGCGGCACUUGUCGUGUCAAGGCAGCAUUGUUCUAUAUACCAGCGAUGAGAGAUUCCCCCGCCUCGUCAUCCCAGCCGCCCUCAGACGCACCGUGCUCGCCAAUCUCCACGUCGGUCAUCAAGGCAGAGACUCAAUGCUUCGCAAAGCCAGGCAGUCUGUAUACUGGCCCGGCAUCGACGCAGAAGUGGAGCAAAAACGACGCCAGUGCCAGGUGUGCGAGAUGCACACGCCCUCUCAGCCAGCCGAGCCGCUCCUGCCCACCCCACCACCCCAGUUCCCGUUUCAACAAGCCGUGGCCGACCUGUUUCAGCUACAAGGCAAUGUGUACAUCGCCUACGCCGACCGGCUGACAGCCACCAGCUCCCGCCUCAUCACGUUGUUCCGGCGGUGGUUCACACGCUUCGGCAUCCCUGAAGAGCUCUCAUGUGACGGGGGCACCAACCUCACUAGCCACGAGUCAAGAAGGUUCUUCGAGGACUGGCGCGUCACCCUACGAAUCUCAUCAUCCCACUACGCCCAAUCUAAUGGGCGUGCAGAAGCAGCUGUGAAGUCGGCCAAGAGGCUGCUAAGAGGCAACACAACUCGCGGGGGCUCCUUAGACACCGACAGCAUUGCCAGGGCGAUCCUCCAGUACCUGAAUACACCCCUGCACGGCCUCGACGCAUCCCCAGCGCAGCUGCUGACAGGCAGACAGCUGCGAGACGCCAUACCCGUGGAGAGCUCCCGCUACUUCAUCAGUGAGCAGUGGGGCAGAACACUGCGCGAUCGGGAACGUGCCAUGAUCGACACGUCAGUCAACUCAUCCAUACGGCACGACCAGCACGCCCACAGCCUGACACCCUUAAGGCCCGGGCAGCGAGCACGCAUCCAAAACCCAUCCAGCGGGCGGUGGGAUCGGGUGGGAACCGUGCUCGAGCUGUCUGCACCCCGCCAGUAUCUUCUACGACUCGACGGUAGUGGGAGAGCGUCCAUACGAAAUAGACGUCAUCUUCGUCCUCUCAUCGGUGAACCACAGCUGUCGGAUGAUUUGACUACGUCCCAUACACCUGUGUGCGUCACCACACGACGGCCUCGUCGCACCCAGCGAGCACCAAGGCACCUUGAUGAUUAUGUCUUGAACUCUCCUGUUUAG